UCCAAGAUGGCUGCGCGCUAUGCGUUGGGUUCCAUCCGGAGCUGCUUGUCCUGUGUGAAAUCCUUGACGACCGGCAGCAAAAUAAAUGCGUCGCAGGGAAUACUUGUUCCCCAGCUCUCGAUUUUUGGAACCUCUCAGUGCAGAGGGAUCCGACAAGUUGUGGAGAAGCAAGAGGGCAAAACAACAAUCAUUGAGGGCAAAAUAUUGGACAUCCCAGAGGGACCUCAACCUCCCAAUCCCACAGCAAAGUGCCCUAUCUAUCAAUGGAACUUGCAGCACAAAUACAACUACACUGAUGUCCUACUACUCAGCCAGUUUAUUAGGUCAGAUGGAGGGAUGUUGCCCAGGAGAAUCACAGGCCUUUGUAACGAGGAGCAUCGCAAGAUCGCCAUCUGUGUGCAGAUGGCUCACAGAGCAGGGCUACUCCCUGAUCACAGGCCCAAACUCCCAGAGGGCCACGUCCCAAAGAGACCCAAGCCACAGCUCAACAGAUACCUGACUCGCUGGUCCAUUAAUUCAGUGAAACCCAUCUACAAAAGAGGUCUGAAGUGGUGUAAGAAGCGCAUGCCUGUGGGCCACCCAGCAUUAAAGAACAAUGUGCACUAUGGUCAUGCACCCCUCAACUUGAAUCACUGAUGGACAGAAAGCUUGCCUGAUCUGUUCAGCCCCUGAAAAGGAAGGGUAGCACCAAUGUGCAGAGGCAAAUUUUAUUGGUUGUUCUUCAGGCACAAAACCCAAGUAAACCUCUUCUGAAACUCCAUUCUGCCCUGAAUUUUUACAUUAUAGUGAUGGCAAAAGGCUGCAACAGAGAAUUGCAUCAGUAUUUAUUCUGAAUUUCCUGUUUAUUUAGCAGAUGCCUUAUUUGAAUGAGUCAUUCUGAGUACCAGCCAUAUUUUUGGUCUCAUUUGGCUUUUGAAAAAGCCAUUGAAAUGAACGUUGAAUUUACUGGCAAGUUUGAUGUGAAAAGAAACUGGGUCAGUAAGACAUUUUCGAAGUAGGUGGUAUGUUGGCUUUGAAUACUAAAGCCAACCCAGAUGUACAAAUAAAAUGAGUCUGUUUAUCCUGUGUCAACAUGUUUAAGAGAAUAGGAAAUACCUUGCUUGAGAACUAAAUUCAACAAGACACU